CAGUAGGAGGGUGCACCUACUGAACGCUUGGGAAGGUGGGCCCCAAGGAUCCAGCUCCUGAAGCCUCUGGGCCUGGACACAGAACUGAACUUUGUUUUAUAUUGUUCAUUGCCUUGACUGCAUUUGGGGGUGCUCUUGGUUGUAGAAUGGGUUUCCUUGUUUUAGAAUACUGGUAAGCAAAGCAGAACAAAGGAGCCAAGAGGAAGACUCACCCCAGACUCCAAACUCAGAUGCUUUGCUGUGUCAUGCACCUUCUGUUUCAUGCCUGUAGCCCCAAAGUCCAGAGGCUGGAGGGCCACUCCCAGAGGCCAAGCAGUCCUUGAGCACAUCCCUGAUGCCCUUCUCUUUCCUUGGCCAGGUGCUGUUUGCCCUGAACCAGACUCUGCUGCAGCAUGAAAGUGUGCGGGCUGGGAGCCUGCAGGCACCCUACACCACAGAGGACCUCAUCAAACACUACAACUGUGGGGACCUCAAUGCGGUCAUCUUCAACCAUGACACAUCCCAGCUACCCAAUUUCAUCAACACCACCCUGCCGCCUCAUGAGCAGGUGACAGCCCAGGAGAUUGACAGCUACUUCCGCCAGGAGCUCAUCUACAAGAGGAAUGAGCGUAUGGGGAAGAGAGUCAUGGCGUUGCUGCGGGAGAAUCAGGACAAGAUCUGCUUCUUUGCCUUCGGAGCAGGUCACUUUCUGGGGAACAACACUGUCAUCGAUGUCCUAAGACAGGCAGGGCUGGAGGUGGACCACACACCUGCUGGGCAAGCCAUCCACAGUACCUACUCUAGGCACAGGGAGCUCAAGAGUGACUGA